ACUAAGUUCUGUAUGGCCAACAGCAACAAUGUUAUUAUGUUAUUUUCAUGUAUUACAAGCACAAUGGCGUUGGUUGCUUAAAAAAGCUGCAAAAACUGAUCGUCAAAAACUUUACCAUUUGUUUAAAAAUAUUAUGUAUGCUGAUACAAGCGAAAAACUUGACUUAUCGUUGCACCAAUUAAAAAGCAUAAAAUUAACGCACCCAAAGUUUUAUAUUAGGGUUAAAAAAUACUAUAACAAGAGAAAGUUUGAAUUUGUCAUGUUAUAUAGAAAAGACUUAAUUAUUCGAAACCACAAUACAAAUAAUUUUAGUGAAGCAACAAUAAGAAUCCUUAAAGAUAUUGUUUUAUGUAGAACAAAAGCAUUCAAUGUUGCAGCACUUGUAGACUAUACUGUCAAUGUUUGGGACAGAUAUUAUAGCAACCGUCUUCUGAAUACUGCAUAUAAUCGUUGCUCUGCCUAUGAAAUAUUCUACAACAAAUUAUGUCAAAAAUCUGAAAAAAUAAACAUUAGUUCUAUUAAAUUGUUGGAGAGGAACACUUACAUUGUACCUAGUUUUAAAAAUUCAAAUGUCGAAUAUACAGUCAAUAGUGACGUUGGCUACUGUUCAUGUCCUAGUGGUAGGCAAGGUGGAUUCUGUAAACACAUGGCUGCAAUACAUAAAUUUUUUAAAAUUAAUUUUCCGUGCGCUCCACCUAUUACAUCGAAAGACAGAUACGAACUUGGGAAGCUUGCACUUGGAUCGAAGUGCCCUGAACCAGAAUUUUUUUUAAGUUUGAGAGAUAUAGAUCAAAGCGAAAUUGAAAUAUCUUCUAAUAUUUUAGUUGAAACUCAAGAAAACUGUUUGAUCUCUGGCGAUGCAAAUAACGAAGAUAUUUUGUCAUUGACGUGUACUGAAAAAAAAACCAAUCGGAAUCUUUAAAUACAGAUUGUGAAGAAUUUAUAUUUGAAUUUAAAAAGUUAUUAGAUUUAGCUAAAAUCGAUCCCAAUUCUAAAAAAAUUAUUAAUA